AAGACCAUUUGAAGCAAUCAAGAGAAAUGUUUUUUGUCAAGAAUAAUGGAGCAUGGGCAGUUGGGCAAUAAAGGCCAAAAUAACAGAAUCUAUUACAGAGACAUGUGCAACUAACUUGCUAACAAGAGCAUCAUCGCCGUACCAGGCCUUCCCACACAGAACAUUGCAGCGUCUCCUACCAUCUCAGUUCCCUUUACACAAUGCUCAUCGCAAACACUUAUUAUGUCCCUUCUUGCCGAUCAAACCCUUCCCUUUUAUGGGAAGAACUUGUUCCCAGUUGUUGCACGGCUCUGCUUAUCUUUGUACUGCCUUCCACUCAUUCGAUGAAAUGCCACACACAACACAAAGUUUUGAAAAUGCCCACUUUUACCAUGUUCUUGAACUCAUCCAAUUUUGUACCAUGAAACCCAAUUCUUUAAAUGUGAUUAUGGUUCAUUGCCUGGCCCUCAAGGUUGGUGCUCUUGCUCAUUUGCCCAUAUCGACCUCUCUCCUUAUUGUAUACUCUAGAGCCGGAGAUUUUGGCUCUGCAGUAACUAUGUCUGAUGAUAUUCGUUACAAGGACGUGGUUGUUUGGAAUGCGAUGAUGACUGCAUGCAUCAAAAAUAGGCAUUUUGGAGCUGCUUUGGAUUUUUUCAUGGAAAUGAUGGAAGAAGGAAGAGGGUUUGAUACUGGAACUCUUGUAAUUGUGGUUUCAGCUUUAUCCAAUAUGCACAAGUUGAUGCAAGGCCGGGUUGUUCAUGGUUUAAGCUUGAAGGCAGGAAUGCUGCCAGAUUCUUUCUUAUGUAAUGCUCUUAUUAACAUGUAUGCAAAAUGCGGUGACCUAAGCUCUUCAGAGUGUAUGUUUGUAGGAACUGAGUGGAAAGACCUUGUUUCUUGGAACUCAAUGGUAAGUAGUUGUCUUUAUAACAAUUAUCCUGAGAAGUCUCUAUGGUACUUCAGGGAAAUGGUUUCUUGUGGAGAACAAGCUGAUCAUGUGAGUCUUUCAUGUGCUAUUGCUGCAUCUUCUUGUCUAGCAGAGUUGGGUAUUGGUCAGGUCAUUCAUGGAUUCGUUGUUAAAUUGGCUUACCAGGAGAGUUCUCACAAUUCAGUUGCUAACUCCCUCAUUUCAUUUUAUUCUGAGUGUGGGGACAUUGAUGUUGCAGAGAUUGUGUUUAGAGAAAUGGUUCUUAAGGAUAUGAUUUCAUGGAAUGCAAUGAUUGAUGGGUUUGCUUCAAACAAAAAAAAUUUUGAAGCAUUUGAUCUUUUGCGUGAAAUGCAGUUAGCAGGAUCAGUCCAACCAGAUAAAGUCACUGUAGUUACCACCAUUUCAAUUUGUGCAGAACUAAUGUUACUAAGAGAAGGAAAAACUCUUCAUGGAUUCACAACUCGGAGGGAGAUGGGUUCGAACUUGUCAGUGACAAACAGUCUCAUGGAUAUGUACUCAAAAUGCAAUAGUGUUGAAGCGGCUGAGCAUUUGUUCCAGAACAUGCCAGAGAGAGACCUGGUUUCAUGGAAUACUAUGAUUUCUGGCUAUUCCCAUAAUGGAUGUGCUAGAGAAGCUCAAAGUUUAUUUAAGAAACUGCUCCACUGGUGCUCAGAGUACAGCUUGUCAACGCUUUUGGCAAUCCUUCCUUCUUGUGAUUCCCCUGAACAUCUCUGCUUGGGGAAAUUGAUCCACUGUUGGCAGUUAAAAUUGGAAUUUUCGAACAAUAUUCUUGCGGUUAAUUCCAUCAUGUUCAUGUAUAUAAAUUGUGGGGACAUGGUAGCUUCUUUCUCAUUGUUGUGGAGAAUGUCUGCUAUUGCGGAUACUGCUUGUUGGAACACUGUAAUUGUAGGCUGCACACAGAGUGGCCAUUUCUUAGAAGCUUUGGGUACUUUUAACUUAAUGAAAUGGGAACCCCAUGUUACACAUGAUUCGAUUACCCUUGUAAAUGUCAUAUUAGCUUGUGGCAAUCUUGAGUUAGUGUUGGACGGAAAAUUAGUUCACGGGCUUGCUCUUAAAAGCUCCGCAGGUAAAGAUACCCGUGUGCAGAAUGCAUUAAUUACAAUGUAUGGCAGAUUUGGGGAUAUGGAGAGUGCAAGAUUAGUAUUUAACUUUAAUAAUCGGAAUUUAUGUUCGUGGAACUGUAUGAUGUCUGCUUUUUCUCAGAAUAAGGAUGCUAAAAAAGUGCUGGAAUUAUUUAAUGCCCUCGAUUUUGAACCUGACGAGAUCACAACUGUUACCAUUCUCUCAGCUUGUACACAGCUUGGAGUUCUAUGUUAUGGGUUGCAGAUCCAUGGACAUGUGUUCAGGGUUGGAUUCCAGAGAAAUCCGUUUAUAUCUGCUGCUCUUGUGGAUAUGUACAGCAAUUGUGGAAGGCUAGACAUCUCUCUCAAUAUAUUUCAAAGUUUGAAAGAGAAGUCCGUUGCAGCUUGUUCUAUGAUAUCUGCGCAUGGCUUCCACAGCAAUGGUCGAAAAGCAACUGAAGUAUUUCAUGAGAUGAUUGAAUCUGGAACUAGUCCAACCAAAAGCACUUUUAUAAACCUUUUAUCGGCUUGCAGCCACUCGGGGCUUGUCAAUGAAGGUAUCUGCUAUUAUAAUCAUAUGUUUGAUAAAUUUGGAGUGGAACCUGUCACUGAGCAUCAUUUAUGCAUUGUUGAUAUGCUUGGUCGAUCUGGAAGGCUCCAUGAGGCGUAUGACUUUGUCAGGCAAAUGCCAACACCACCUGAACCAGGAGUCUGGGGUGCCUUACUAAGUGCUUGCAACUAUUAUGGAGAUCUGGAGCUCGGGAGGGAAGUGGCGAAUAUUCUCUUUGGCUUGGAACCUGAGAAUGUGGGAUAUUAUAUUUCAUUGUCAAAUAUGUACGUUGCUGCUGGAAGGUGGAGUGAAGCUGUGAAGCUGAGAACCACAAUUCAGGACAACCGAUUGAAGAAGCCAGCAGGUUACAGUCUUAUUGAUGUUGGUCAGCAGUAAGCAUGAUUGCCGCAAUACAAAUGGGUGUGGCAGACUAAGGAGCUGUUUUCGACAAAUCAAUGCUUGGGUGCCCAGCUAAUGAAAUAAAUUCGCAAAAUGUCCUUCGUGCCUAAAAGGUUUGUUCAAGGGCUAGUAACCUUCACAUCCCACUACUCCUGUAGGUCUGGGGAGCAUUAAUAGGAUCUCAAGACGUCGUUGAUGGAAAUUAGCAUGAUACAGCAAUUGGCUUCUUGUUUCUAAGAUUUGUCGUUCAUGG